AUGAUCUACGUCGACGAGACCGAGCCUGAGUCACUCACAGACGUGGAGCCGCCAUUUCAGCCGCGAAAGGUGAAGGUCAAGAAAACCGAUCCCAGUUCGGAGUACAAACUGGGCCAAGAGCUCGGCCGCGGCAAAUUCGGCGUCGUCCGCCGCUGUACGGAGAAGACCUCAAACAAGAGCCUGGCGGCGAAGUUCAUCGAAACCUCCAGCGCCCAGGACCGGAAAGACGUGGAGCGCGAGGUGGACAUUAUGUGCUCGCUGCAGCACCCGCGCCUCCUUCAGCUCUACGACGCUUUUGAUGACGGCCGGAAGAUGUGCCUCAUUAUGGAGUGCAUCGACGGCGGCGAGCUCUUUGAGCGCGUCCUCGACGACGACUUUAUCCUCACGGAGAAGGCCUGCUCCAUUUUUGUGCGGCAGAUCUGCGAGGGCCUCGAGUACAUUCACUCGCAGUCCAUUGUCCACCUUGAUAUGAAGCCGGAGAACGUCCUCUGCGUCACCCGAGCGGGCAAUCGCGUCAAGCUGAUCGACUUUGGCUUUGCCCGGCGCGUCAACGCCAAGGAGAAACUGCAGGUGAUGUUCGGCACGCCGGAGUUUGCCGCCCCCGAGGUGGUCAACUUUGAGGAGAUUGGCUUCACCACCGACAUGUGGGCCGUCGGUGUGAUUACCUACGUUCUCCUUUCCGGCCUGUCGCCCUUCAUGGGCGAGUCCGACCUGGAGACGAUGGCGAAUGUGACGAAGGCGGUGUACGACUUCAACGACGAGAGCUUUGAUAUCAUUUCCAAGGACGCGAAGAACUUCAUCUCCAAGCUACUGGUCAAGAAUAAGGCGUAA